AUGAAAGAUCUCUCGCCAUCACUCAGGCCUGCACCAGAUGCUAAAAUCCUACUUUCUUCGAUAUUGAAGGUUGACGGAUGGGAAAUACAAGAAGGAACUGACACCCAUGGGAGAAAUAGGCAAAAGGAGGGCAGGCCAGGUCUGGUUUGUAAAGUUGAUUUUGAGAAAUAUUUUGACAACAUUAAUUGGAACUGCGUUGAUCUUACUCUUGCAAAGUUUGGUUUUGGCCACAUUUGGAGAAGCUGGACUAAAUGGUGCAUUUUGUAUGCUAGGUUUGCGGUGCUUAUAAAUGGUGAAGCUACUGAGUUGUUCAAAAGUCAGAAGGGUAUAAGACAAGGUGACCCAAUUUCACCUUUUCUUUUUAUUUUGAUAACUGAAGUGUUAUCCUUAAUGAUCAAGAAAGCGGCUGCAUCAGGUCUCUUAUCUGGUUUUAAAGUCGCACAACAUGGAACUGUGGUAAAUCAUUUGCAGUUCGUGGAUGAUCUGAUUGUAUUCCUUGAUGAUUCUGAAGAACAAGUGGCUAAUCUCAAGAAUAUUUUUCUUGCUUUUGAGAUUAUUUCUGGACUUAAAGUUAAUUUUAGGAAGAGUGCAAUAGCAGGUAUUGGUGUUGAUCAUAAUGGUGCUAGUUGUGCGGACAUUUUUGGAUGUAGUCUGGCCACUCUUCCUAUCAACUAUCUUGGAAUCCCAUUCAGCAGUAAAUCCAAGUGUAAAUCAGUUUGGGACAUUAUUAUUCAGAGAGUAUGCCGGUUUCGGAAAAAAGAUGCUACUGUUUCUCAAAUGAUUAAUGAAUAUGGAGCAUGGGAUUUGGAUUUUAGAAGAAAUUUGAAAGAGGAAGAAGUGGGAGAGGUAGCACUCUUACUGCAAGUAAUUGGUAAGCCACUUUUGUCUGCUGAUAAUGAUCAGUGGCAAUGGAAGCACAAAGAUUUUUCUGUUGCUAAUUGUUAUUCUACUCUUGAUUUAGAUGGUUAUUUCUCUUUUUCGUAUAAACAAAUUUGGAAUGCCAGAGUUCCUUUAAAGGUUUCUUUCUUGGUGUGGACUCUUUGUCAUAAAGGUGCACCAACUUUGGACUAUUUAUAUAGAGCUGGUAAGGUUCAGAAUCCAGAUUGUUUGUUUUGUGCAACAGCUGUAGAGACUAGUGAUCACUUGUUUUUACAUUGUAGAGAGGCUGCCAAGUUAUGGAGUUAUUUCCUUGAUAGUUUGGAUUGUGCUGGACCUUCACACAAGAUGUGA